GGGUGGGAAAUUGUAAGUAGGUCAACAGGUAGGGAGUUGGAAGAACACCAAGAGGAGGAGAUGGGUUGUGGGAAGCCAGUGAAGAGGAGGAGAAGGGAAGGGGAGAGAAAGAACGAUGGAAAGGUAGAGCAAGAGGAACCCAUUCCUGUGUGUGGCACUUGGCCACGUUUAAAGAGCGAAGCUUAGUGCACAGAACCAUCUGGAAGCAACGUGGGAUGUGGUGUUUGUUAAGCAGAUGAGUUGCAGAGUUUCUCAGAAGGAGCACCUUGGGGUGGAAUACUUUUCUGCUGAGCAGAACAGGCCAGCAUGUUCAAGACACUUAGCACCUCCCUCCACUAGAACCAGUGGUGCCCCACACAGUAACUAGGACAACUGAAAACACUGCCACAACCAUUUCCAAGGAAGUGAUAAAACCAAACCGGUUGCCUAGAGAAAGGCCCACUGUGGCUGAGAACCACCUAAAGAAGAAAAGUAAGAAACCACUCUCACAACUGGUCUCUGAGCCACCCACCCACCUGCAACCUCAAGAGGGCUUGGUGGACUUCGGGUGGAGGACCUGGGGUGGCCCCUCCUUGAGUGUCCACGUAAGGCAAACGGGACACAUAUGAGGAGCUGUAUUAUGAGUGGUGUGGCCUCGUCCUCCUGCCCUGCUUCCUGACACUUCAUCGCACAGGUCAGUUCGUCCUGAUGAAGCUUUCCCCACAAUUUCAUUUUAAUGCAUACCCUAUUAAGAAAUGUGGUCGUUGUUGUUAGUUGCCAUUGAGUUAGCCCUCAACUCAUGGGGGCCCCAUGUACAGUAGAACAAAACACUGCCCGAUCCUGCACCAUCCCCAUGAUCUCUUGUAGAUUGGACCAUUGAGAUCCAUAGGCUUUUCGUUGGCUGAUAUUUGAAGGUAGAUCUCCAGGACUUUCUUCCUAGUGCAUCUUAGUCUGGAUGCUCUGUUGAAACCUGCUCAACAUCAUAGCAACUGUAGCAACACGCAAGCCUUCACUGACAGGUAGGUAGUGUCUGCACAUGAGGUGCGCUGGCCGGGAAUCAAACCCGGGUCUCCCACGUGGACGGUGAAAGCUCUGUCACUGGACCACCAAUGCCCUUCAUUAAAAAAUGUUAGCAGGUGCCAACAUCUGCAUGGGAAUUGCUGUCACAGCUUUCUCAUGGCACAGCUAGUUGAGUAGGGUAAAAAUUACAGAAAUAAGUCCUAGAUGAGGGAGAGAGACCUGGAGAAAAGUCCCACUUUCCAAUUCUCAGCUCCAAAACCAUUUCUGCAGCGGGAUGAAUAUCUUGAUCCAAUUGUUGAGACAUUCACCUUACUGUGUGGGCCAUGUUGAACAAAGAGAUCUUCGGUAAAAUAGGCUGGCAACUCUUUGCAGGAAGGUUAUUUUAUGAAUUCGAGGUGGACAGGUUUAGGUGUUGAAAGCAUGACCCCAGGGGAGCUUGGAAAAUGAUGAAUUGGAAUGAAGAGGGCUAAGCAAAGUUUUCUUCAUCCUGUGGAAUGUUUACUUUCUUUAAAAUCUGGGGCCAGCAUUUAAAAAUUGUGAAAUUUCUUACAAAACCCAGUUUCUGGAAGCUCUUGAAAACUCGGAAGGUCUAGCAAAGCCAGUCUGGUGUUUCUGCCUGGAGGCGGUUGGCUAGGAUGGAUGUGGCUGGUUUGGAGGAGCCCUGCAUGUUAUCUGCUGGCCUUUGGUGUUAGUUAAGUCUACAAAUCCCCCUACCAAACCUGGGGCAUGGCAGGAUUAAUUGGAUUCAAAACCCAGGCAAAUCUGGAGUUGCUCAUAAAAGAAUCACAUACUGGGAGCAGGGAACAGGUAUGAGUUAUGGAAGCAACAUCAGGUAUAGGUCCAGAAAGACGGGGCUAGUGUUGAUACUUAAGUAGUUGACCAAUAACUGAGUGACAGUGUUCUUGUGGUCACAGCUGGUCCCCAAUACGGCAUUGAGACAGUGGGAAUUAGAACUACCACUUACUGAGCCCUUUUUGUGUGCCAAGUACUGAGGGUUUCAUGUCUAGCAUCUCAUUUAAGCCUCACACCUAACUUCACCUGAUCAGGUUUCAGGAAAAGAAAAAAAUCAGGCUAAAGGAUGCUUAAAAAAAAAAGAAAACAAUAAAACCAAAUCUGUUGCCAUCAAGUUGAUUCUGACUCAUGGAACCCCAUGUGUGCCAGAGUAGACCUGCUUCGUAGGGUUCUUAUGGUUGUGACCUUUCAGAAGCAGAUUACCGGGCCUUUCUUCCAAGGGACCUCUAAGUGAGUUUGAAACACCAACUUUUCACUUAGUAGCUGAGUGCUUAACUGUUUGCACCACUCAGGGACUCCUAAAGGAUUCUAGAUGCAGAUAUUUUUGACUGUGCUGGGGUGACCGGUGUAAGCUGUGUUCCUUGAUUCCUCCCUAGAUAUCACAUGCAGCCCGACCAUAAGUUCCGAGGGCCGAUAACAGCCUGCCUUGUGGCCACAAUCCACUUCUUGAAAUCUCUGAAUGCAUACGGGGUGGGCCCAGCCCGGGUUGUGGUCUGUGGUGGCAGUGUGGGAGGGGGACUAGCAGCUCUGGCUUGUCUGUAACUCAGGAGCAGAAAGGAUCUCCCCAGGCUCUGUGCUCAGAUUCUGGUCCAGGCUGCUCUGCAAGCCCUGGACUCCCAACUCCCUUCCUAUCAGCAGAACAAGAACGUGCCCUGGCUCGAUUGGCACUUUGUCUUCUACUGAUGGAGUUUCCUGGAUAUCAGCCCCUCCUGGGAAAUCAUGGUCUUGAAAGGCACCCAUUUGCCUACGGAAGUCUGGGAAAAGGAUAGAAAGUGGUUGGGCCCAGAAAACAUCCCAGAGAGGUUUAAGCAGCGAGGUUACUGGCCGAUGCCCUGCGCUCCCCUGAAUGAGGAUGCCUACUUGGAAUCAAGCCUAACUUUGGAUGUGACGAUCUCACGCCUGUUUGCAGAAGAUGGUGUCGUAGCUCAGGUCCCGGAGGCUUUCAUAGUGGCCUGUGAGUAUGAUCUUCUCCGGGAAGACUCACUGUUGUGCAAGAAGAGGCUGGAGGACCUGGGCAAGCCAGUGAUCUGGCACCACAUGGAAGACAGAUGUCACGGAGUGCUCAACAGCAUUGAUAUGGAAUGCUUGUACUUCCCCUGCUCCAUAAGAAUUCUGAAGGUGAUGGUCAGUUUUAUAAAGGGCUUGUGACUACCUUUCUUUCCUGCUGCAGCCACAAGGAGUGUGGAUCCCACCAUCACCACUGGGCUCUGUAUUGCUAAGUUGGGCUAGGGAGAAUGUGGAGGUUGCCACCACCUUCUUGCUCCAGAUUCUAGAAUCAUACAAUGCACGCUUCUGAUGUCUGAAGGGAGAACAGGAGAGGGAACAGGUUUCGGGGGGAGGGCUCUCUGUCCAUGCUCACUGUUGGGAAAUUUUGAGCUGCCCAUCUUUGAUGGCCACUUCUGAGCAUGAAUCAGCGUGUAAGGGUUACUCAUAGCAUCCCUGAGGUAGAGUUUAGUUUGAACACAAACGGAGCUGCAGGCUUUACCUCACUUUGAUCUUGCCUGUGUGUACCAGGAGUGCCCUGGUUGGCUGAACCUAGGAUUAACACAGGAGCAUUGGUGUAAUCUCACAGGGUUUUCCGAUCUGGCUCAGAAGGUGGAGUUCUGAUGUUCUAGAAUGGUGGGUGGUGAUGGUGGUGGAGAAACUGGGUUCAGCCUCCUCCUCUGGGUGAAUGGUGACACUUCUCCUACUGAUUUCCAGCCCCUGGGCUCAGAGCCUUGGCUGCCUGGACUGGAAGGGUUAAGUCAGUAUGGAUAGAUUUUCCAUGGUAGUGGACACCUAGUGGCAAAUGAAGACAACCUGGAUCUGCCUCCUUGAGGAAGCUCUGAAGCUCCUGGGGUCAAAACCAGGCUUCCAACCAAAGGCCUGAAUGCAACAUUGUGGGAGUUAGAGGAAAGAGUUGCGAGGGAAAUUGUGAGUCCUGAGUCAGAGCCAAACUCAAUCAAGCCCGCAGUAGGGAAUCACGAAAGGGGAAAAGAGACAUAAGAUGUAUUAAUGAGAGCUAUUUCUGUUUAAGACAUAGAACCAACUCAAAUUAGCCUAAAUUAGAGAGUGAAUGCAUUGCCUUAUGUAAUUAUGAAUUCCAAGAAUAAAUCAGGCAUGGUUUGAUCCAGGAACUCAAACAGUGCCACCAGCUGCCUUCUUUCUUUCUCUGCUUUACUCUCCUCUUUGCUGAUUUCAACUUCAUCUCUCAAUCUGGUGGGCCCUGAGCACCUCCAUGCUUACAUUCUCCCAGAGUCAAGUUCAUUAUUAUAAACUUGCCACACUCUUGGUGGUCCCAACAAAAAUCUCUUGGCAACUCAAUGGCUCUGUUGACUUCCAGAGUGGUGUGUCCAGCUGCCACAAUGAAAGGAAUGGAAUGCUCUGACAGACCAGGACCAAAUCCUGUGCCAUCCUUGGCGCAGAGAGUGGAUUCAAUUUCACCUGGUGCUUGGAGUGAGAGUGGAGGAGGAAGUGCAGCCCUAAAAGAAGGGUAAAUGAAUGUUGGGUGAACAUCAAAGCUUCCUCUACUACAGAAGCUAAAUAGAAUCCUGAGUCAAGGUACUUGCAAGUGGCAAAAGAUAUCAAGAACCAUUGGGCAAGUUGACCAACUUCUCCUUGGGAAUAAAAAUUCCUUUGAAAGGGGUGAUCUAGGCCCCCAAGCUGGCCCCACAUUGGCCAGAGAGUUUUAUAGGCCAAGAUCUAAGUUUAAUGCACAAAGAACCUUUUAACAUGGUUUCAGCUAAAUUUUGUUCUGAA